AAGAGAAAAUACUGCCGUGGUUUCCAUGUGCAUGAUUGCUGAUGGCAAGGAGGUAGCCGGACCCGGGUGAUUGGAGCCUAACAAUUUUUACUAUGAAGCUCCUGCUCGAGGCCUUGGCCGGCGCUUGCUCUCUUAUUUUUAACCUCCCGCCUCCAUCGUACUCGGUUCGUAGUCGUCCCAGCGUCCUGGUAAGGUGGCAAAAUCGACUGGUUUCCCCCAAACAAGUCUGCCUAGGAACGAUACAAUCUGGGGGACUAGCAAAGUACGAGCUCCGUUAUAUCCAAGAUCUUGCACAGAAAAGAAAGAUGUUUGUGCGGAUUCUACAAUGCAGAACAUGGCAUGGAUAUGCGCUCCGAUUCGUGCUUAGCGAGGACGUUGACUGCCCUUGUGGCGAUACAAUCCAGACGCGCGAACUCGUUGGUCCCCGUAGCGAGGACAUGCGUGAAUAAUAUGGUAAUAUGGCGUAUCGCGGACCAUAUCAAGCCUGACCCUAUACCUACCGGACAUCCUAGGCACCGGAGAAGGAAUUGAGGCACUACGGUAAGCGAAUUCACCGAGGAAACGGGACAAGAUGGAAACGGUGGGAGAGAAUGGUUGGAGGAGAUCCGGAAGGCGAAUGGGUCACCGCCACAAACUACGAGAUGGCACACUAAUACGCCAUACCGUGACAAAGUCAGGCGCUCGCUGAAACAUG